GUUUUAGUGGCUGUCAAGUUUUCAUAAUAUUGCUUUUCUCACUUCUCAGACAUAUUAUAAACGUUUAUAAUUUCAUAAUAUACUCGUAUUUACAUCUUAAGUUUUAAUUUAGUGAUUUUUUAUAACCACUUAGCUUAUGAGAAAAUAAGAGAACUAUGCUGAAUCGCAACAGGACAAUAAUGUCCUAGAAAGACCAAUCCAUUUUUGCCUGCGUACAAAUAUGUUGUGUUGUGCCAUUUGACAAAGUAUAAUGAAAACAUUUAAACAGUGUUGAAUGAAUAUAAUAUUUAAAUUAUAUAUAAGAACGUAUGCACAAUGGCUUUUGUAUACCAAGGGGAUACAGAUCUAGAAGCAAAGGCAAAAAAAGCUGCUGAGCGGAUAUCAGAGAACAUGCAUAUAGUGGCCAAUGAACCAUCAUUAGCCCUGUACAGACUACAAGAACAUGUCAGGAAGGCUCUACCACCCAUGGUGGAAAGACGCGUCGAAGUGACAAAGCUGCAACAUGAACUGCAGGGACGUUGUUAUGAUGUUGAGUAUGCAUUAAGUGCUGUAAAAUCUAUGGAUGCUGCAGCGACCAGCUUCGGGAACAUCCAGGACAUGUUAAAGCAAUCUAUAUUCUUGAAACAACAGUUAAAGUAUGAGGAGGCUAGAAGAAAUAAAAAAGAUACAACUUCUGUUUACAAACGUCUCUCUGCUCAUAUCGUGUUAGAUCUCCCAGAUUUAUCUGAAUUCUCAAUGAUUAGGGAAACCACUAAUAGAAUAGAAAACAUGAUGACCCAUGCAAGAGGCUCUAACGCCGAACUACAUAGGUCACAUACUACUUUGCACUAGAUUUACUUCAUGCAACAAAAAAUGAAUUUGAUAUGAUGAAAAUUGAUUCACCAUUACGAUUUAUACUACAGAUAGUUUUCUCUUACCUUCCUACAAUUAUCAAAACUAAAUGAGGUUCUUAGCUAAUGAUCUUAAAUAUCAAACAAGUUGCAAUUAUUUUUGAAAAACAGGUUAUUUAUGUAGCAUUGUGCAAAACUAGGUGUGUGCAUUUGCUUUUUGUGUACGUAUGUAAAUAAAAUACUAUAUAUUUA